CAAAUAUAUGUAUCCUGUACAUCAUGAAGACCGCCAGCAUGUUACGUUUACGGUUGCUAGCCUUGUAUUCCAUGAAUGGUCUACAUUUUGUUUGCUAGCGAUGAUCAAUCUGAACUUUCUGAAUCUUUUAAAACCUGGUUGAGGUGGUGGAAUGGUUUGCGUCUAAGUCCAGGCCCGCUAUUGAUCCUAGUCCGUCCGUUUAUUAUCUGGCUAUCCAAGUAGGUAACGCUAAAUGGAUUUAGGGAAUUAAGAAAUGGGAAUGGCAGUAUCUCUUAAUAAACAAUUCCAAAAAGCAUAAGCAAACGUCUUAAUUUGGUUGGUCAGCAAGUAGGUUGAAAUGCAUUUAAAUGUUGUCAGUACCCUGGUAGUAAUAGACAAAUGAGACUUGGCUUGACAGCUAAACGUUCUGCUCAGGCAGCAACAGGCAACUUCUGAAAUUCAUAAAGUUCUAUUUAAUUUGCCAGGAAAAAAAGCAAUUGCUAUCUUUCAAUCAACACAAGUAGUUCGUUAAUCAUAGACACGUGUGUAUUCCCCAGAAAUGUAUUUCAUUGUUCAAGUCUGCUAAUUGGAACAAUGAUUGACCUGAUGUGAACUCGAGCUAAUCCAACCUUUGCCCAGGCUAUAUGCUAGGGCACGAGUGGCAUCUAAUUUCAAACUGGCUUACAGCAGCCAUUAGGUUAUUUGUUGAACUCGAACAGUUUGGCUGGUGUAAAAGGUUCACGUUACCCCAGUCUUAACUUUCACAGGAUCGGUGGAAACAAGUCAGAGCAACAGGAUACUUUUUUUCUUUUUCUUUACCUCAAGUUCUUUUUUAACAUAAAAGGGGUGUCUUCUUAAGCAAAAUAAAGAGCAGAUAAACUAGUCACUAAAAGUACAAGUUGUCAGUUAGUCUAGUCCUCAUGCAAUGGCCUGGUUUUAAGGGAAGAGACACAAUUGGCAUAAUUAACAACAUAAGUGCAGUCCAUUGUGCUCUUUUGUACUCAGCAGCCAGGCUUGGGAUGGCACGCAGGGUCCAAAAAGCCCCCAGGCUGCACACACACUUACACUGGUUAUGGUUUCCCAUUGAUGGUGUGCUGCCACCCUGAGCCCAGCGCUGGGCACAGUGAUAUCGAGACAGAAGCACUCACUUCCAGAUCUGACCUACGACUAUGGAGCACUGGAGCCCCACAUCAGUGCAGAGAUCAUGCAGCUCCACCACAGCAAGCACCAUGCCACCUACGUCAACAAUCUCAAUGUCGCAGAGGACAAGUACAAAGAGGCACUGGCCAAGGGUGAUGUUACAGCACAAGUUUCCCUCCAGCCUGCUCUGAGAUUUAAUGGAGGAGGCCACAUCAACCACUCCAUCUUCUGGACAAACCUCUCCCCAAACGGGGGGGGGGAACCAACGGGUGAGCUUGCGGCAGCCAUCAAGCGUGAUUUUGGCUCCUUCCAGGCAAUGCAGGACAAGAUGUCUGCUGCCACUGUGGCUGUUCAAGGUUCAGGUUGGGGCUGGCUGGGUUUGGAAAAGGAGACUGGGAUGCUCCGUAUUACAGCCUGCCCUAACCAAGACCCACUGCAAGGCACCACUGGUCUGGUCCCCUUGCUCGGUAUUGAUGUGUGGGAACACGCCUACUAUCUCCAGUACAAGAACGUCCGGCCAGACUAUGUCAAAGCCAUCUGGAAUAUAAUCAACUGGGAGAAUGUGAGCGAGCGCUUCCAGUCUGCCAAAAAGUAGACUUAGCCCUCAGAAUAACACAUUAGCACUUACUUCCAAACCAAACUUUCCUCAUGACAGACUUUACUAUCCUAAUAGCACACAAUAGACCUACAUAUCCCAAAUAAAGAUGGCUGCUAUAUACAAUGUAGGUGGUCUAAAUAGCUUUUUGUCUGAAAAUCUUUGAUCAAAAACUGAUGGGAGGCAAAUAUUGAUGUAAUAUAAUAAUGUAUUUCAUUUGAAUUGAAUUGGCUUCUAUUAUGUAAAUGUCUGUUAACUAAUGUGAAUGCCAAAUAAAUUGCAAUGUAAUUAAUCAAACACAA